AUGGAAGGUUGGCAGCCCUCUUCGAGGCCUCUCAGUCUAGCUAUCCCGAAUUUCGCUCCUCGACCCACGCUCGAUGAUGUGCUGUCCAACACAUCAUCACCACCUUACACACUGUCAGCAUUCAUGGCCUUCCUUUCUCAAAACCACUGUCUAGAGACCCUCGAAUUUACUAUGGAGGCAAAUAGAUAUCGGGAUAGCUAUUACGCCGAUCCAACCAAAACACAACAUCUGUGCAUGCUCUUUCAGAGGAUAUUGAAGGCGUACAUCGUCCCGGCAGCACCCCGUGAGAUCAAUGUAUCAAGCGAAGUCCGCGACGAUCUCUUAAGCCAUUCAAACUCACCGACUCCGCCUCCACCGGAAACAUUACACCCCGCUGUCAACAGAAUGCGAGAUCUAAUGGAAGAAUCAAUAUUCAUUCCAUUCCUCAACAGCCAAAGCCCGCCCUCAUUGCCCGAUUCACAUUACGACGAAAUGACAGCUCAAGAUGAUAGCCAAAUGGGACUCCACGCCUCCAUGCGCCGGCAGCUAUCCCCACAGCCAUCUUGUUUGUCACCACGUUCACCAGCAACAGGGCUUGCUCUACAGCAGCUCAAAAUAACAGGAGGGAUAGGCCGGUCCGGAUCUCGAAGUUCGGGCUAUGCCCUCUCCCCACUGAGCGGCGACUCAGGCUCCGCCAAUCUCACGGACGAUUCUGGAAGUAUGACUUCCAGUCUUGGUGCCGGUGAGCCAAUGACACCACCCACGACGCCACCAUCAAGUGAUGUACCCUUACAUUUUGGUCCCUCAGGCCACAAUCCCAAAUUCAGACCGGCAGAUAACGCUUGGAAGAAGAUGGGCUUGAAGCUCGGUUGGAAGAAGAGGGCUGGAGGACCUGGUUCGAAAGAUGGGCGGUUUCCUGCCACGGAAGAGGAAUGA